AUGCAUCACUAUUUCUUUACUGGCAUUAUUGAAACAUCGCAACCCUUUUUAUAUACGGCACAUUUCCAAAGAUCUCCUGGUCAGGAAUUAUUCAUUCCCACCACAGCCCUACUACUACCACCAGUGAAGGAUAUAAAUGCUGAUAUUGCAGUGCAUAGCAUCGAGAUAGGAACUGUGGUCUACAUUGCACACCAAAGUUAUUCCACCUCUUUACCUGCGCAUGUCAGAGGAAGCAUAUUACAUCGACCGCAGAAAUGUCACAACCUGAAGACACACCUACGACAGAGGCCUCAUGCUCUCCUUCCCUGA